GGCAACGCGUUUCAGCUUCCUCCAAGAGGAUCAUGGGAAGCGACUCUGGCUACUGAAGCGGAGGGAGUUUCGAAAUAUUUCAACGUUUAGCUACAAAAUAACACGUAAUAUCACUGUUAUAUUCACCGUUUUGUAAGCAUAAGUAUUUGACUAUAACCAAUGUAGCUGAAGCGCUCAGGUUAGGCUUUUUUUUCCGGGACGUGGAGUAAACAACAACAACAAAAAAAAGAGCUAGGUGGCUAAUGCUAGUUAACGUCCAGUCCUCGAUGAACUCUUCUCCUCUCUGAGGUUGGAGGAGGAGGAAGGACCGAUGCUGUCUUCUAAAACAUGGAGCUAAAGUUGGAGGUUGUUUUGUCAUCCAGCAUCAAACGGAAGAAACCAUGGCCUCGGUUUUGUUGGCUGGGAAAGGAGAAGGAGUCUGUGUUCCUGCUGGAUGACAAACGGAUCAGUGAAAUCAACAUGGUGUCCGGACGCACCAAGAAGAGGACUCCUAAACUCCAUCCAUUGCUCAACAGUGUGGUGACAAUGGCUUCGUCACACAGUGGUAUGUGGCUUUGUGGACUUUUGGUGUCAGGAGAGCUGUUUCUGUGGAACAGGGAUAAAGACUUGUUGAAGACUGCUGCAGCAGUCCCAGAAGUAGUUCAUUUGAUUACUGACACCCAAAGCAUGCACAGUACAGGGAAUGCUGCACGACUGUCACUUCAGGUUUCAGGGGAUGGGAUGCGUGUGCUCCUGGUCGCCGUAACAGGGCAAGUGUUCCUGUGGGAGUGUAAGGAUGUCAGAGAUCUGACGGGGCUACGAGAUGGCACAGUUAAGGGACAUUGGGCACAUAUAACCCCACUUGAGGAGUCCAUUCUGCCUUCUAAACAAGACAAAGAAGCAUCCCAACACACUGUCUUCAUCAAGACAGAGGCUAUGGGUGAUGCCUGCUUAUCAGCAUUUGUUUUCACAUCUGGAAAGAAGCUAAUCAUCACCUGCCUGAAAAUUCAAUGGGAAGAGUGCCAUGUGAAAGUAGAUCCUGUGGGAUACAGCAUAAAGUGGGCCACAAAGACAUAUCCCAUGUCUCGUCUCACCCCACCCUGCCAACCAGUGAAGUCUAGAGGGUCUUUGGUGCCAGCCUUCUCCCCAGAUGGCCGACUGUUAGCCAUCGUCCUGAACCAGAGACAGCCUAAGGCUACACAAGUCCUCUUUGUGAGCACACAGAAUUUUGUCUCAAUAUCAAGUGGGCUUGGAGGCUGUGGAAGCAAGAAGAUGGAGAUCCCCUCUAAAUACAUACGGUCAUACUGGGUGGGCAGUGUGAGUUGGUCACCAGGCGGUCUUUUCCUGGCCUGUGUCCUGAAGAGAGGCUCUCUUCUUAUGGUUUCUCGCCUUGGGGGACUUCUCACUCUAACGAGCUGUGGUUGCAAUGUUGAUUUCGGGCCUGCACACUUCCUACCCCUGCACCCUCUCGUCACUUACCGUCCACCGGUGUCUUCAGGGAAAGUCGAGGCCUCUCUGUCCAGCUCCAGCUUGUCUAUACGAGACAUCUUAAGACAGCGGUAUUCUGUGACCUGGCAUCCAAGACUGUUGUAUCUCAUUGUGUCUGAUGGCUACAUGGCCACAGUUAUGAGGGUGCUAGACAGACUGUCUCCUGCCCUAUUGCUGAAAACACUUCUAAAGGACACAAGCAAGGACCUUGAGAAGGCCAGUCGGAUACUGGAUAAAUCACAGAUUCAUUUGAGGGAAUGGCUGGAGUCUGUAUCUUGCUUGAAUCUUGACAGCAGCCUUGAUGUUAAACGUGGGCCCAAAAACACAGACUCUGUCCUUUCAGCAGAUGGAUCCACGUUGCCACUUUUCCUGCAGGACCAGGGGACAUUGGGUGGUACCAAGGAGCUUCUUGAAAAAGUGCAGACUUUCUUUGAGGAUGACUCUGAUAUAGACGGAGCUCCUGCUGGUUCACAUUUGGAGGAUGGCGGCCGUCUGGAGUUUGCCUCCAUGUUUGACACACUCCACGCCCUGGACACGCAGGCUGACACUGGACUUGUUACCAGCCCAAAAUAUGAAACCGACUUUGUUGAAAAACAGAGGAAGAGUCCUCUUCUUAAUCGUGAACUUGGGAAAAUCCAGAGUAAGCUGUUAACAGCCUGGGCUUUUGGCAUGUCUUUGGGAAAUACUGUGGAAAACAGAACUCGCUUGCUGAAGCAUACCCUCUACUGUGUGGUGCGAUUUGCUGCUUUACUCCACUUGAUCCCGACUCCCAGCUCCGCGGUCCACACGGGGAAGAAGAAUAUCUCGGUUUCAACUCGCCUCCUCCAUCUACUCAAAGCGAUUAUCUCUUUUCUUCCCUGGGAUGGCACUCACUCAGAUGGACCACGCUGCCUGGGGCUGGUGGUAGAGCUCAGUAAACGACUGAUACACCUUCUGCUGAACCCUCACCCCGAGUCACACCAGAUUGGUCACUGUCAGUUAUCAUCGCACCGUCUAUCCACAGUCCUGCUAAUCUUGCAGGAGGUCUCUGAUUCUCUUGACCACACCUACAGCCUGCAGCAAAGAACUGUCUGGUCCUCUGCAGAGAAGGAAUCCCAGCCACCACGGCUCUGGACUUCAGAUGAACACAACGUGCCUCUGUUACAGGAUAAGGACGAGGAAAAAUCAAGUUUUAUACACCAGGCACAACCUGUUCCCCAGCGGCCAUCCAGCAGAUUGUUGGGGGCGUGGCAGUGGGUCUACAUAAUCACCCAACAGUACAUGGAGGAACUGAAAAGCUUUAAAGGCUGUGAUGGCUGGGAGGAGGAACGGGAACAGUUGUCGGUCAUCAUGUCCCAGAUCCAAACAGCUCUUCAGGCUACAGGAGAAAGGCUAGAGGAGGGUCCUGCACUGCUGAGUUACCCAGGUGAACAUCUUUUCCUGUGUGGCUCAUAUCAAAAAAGUGCUGACACAUGGCGGUCACAAAUUUGUGAGGAGAGUAACAAAAGCUGUGACCGUAGUGUCUUCAAGGAGACCCAGCUUUGUCUGGCCCUCCUAUACAGUCUGUUAUCCCAGUACCGUCUGAGAGAAGCCCAGGAGUUGGGGGACCACAUGGCUUACCUGAUUCUGCACAGGGCUGGACACCUGAAGAUCCACACGACCGGCAUAACAGCAGACUCUCUUCCUUGCCCAUGGCUGCCGGUGGACCUUCACAGUGAGGCAGCUUGUGCUGUGGUUCAGACUCUGGGGAGAUUCAUGGCCUCUUAUUUCACCAACCAACCCCUCUACAUCCUGCCCCCUCACCACGUGGCCAUCCUGCCUCCCCUUCAUCUACCCCAUGCCCCCAGUGUUGGGCGCUUGGUGCCAUUGUCCCAGGAGGAGGUUUCCAGAGCAGUGCGUCGUCAGCAGCUGUCAGAAGUAUGGACAGUAGACUACGCACAAGACCUGCUACUGAUAGGGGGUCUGCUUCCUGAGACCGUGUGGUUGGCUUAUCAUCUUGGGGACUGGAAGACAGCGGCCUCUCUAAGCCUGGCCUAUACAAAUUACCGCACUGACCACUUUGAUUUCACUCGGCUCAGGAGGAGAGAGCUCCACCUCCCGACAGAUUUAGAACCAGAGAGCAUUUUUCAGGUUGAGUUGGAGUGUCUUCUUGGCAACAGAUCUGACUCCCAAGAGUGCAGGGGAAAAGAUGGUGACAAGAGCUUUGCAGACCCUUUGGAAGAAGAAGACUGGGACGUGUUACAGGUUUCCAUACAGGAGAUACUGAAGGCCUCAGUCAUGGCUGGAGUGAAUGUUAUGUCCUCACCGUUGUCUUCCUUGCUGGACAAAGCCAAAGAAUUGUGUUCUCGCCUGUCUACAUUGGUGCCCAACGGACUGUAUCUGCCUUCCCCACCUCUUUAUUGCCCUCAGCCUUCCCCCAACACACAGGACCCAGUAGGGACAAUCGGGCAGUUUGCAGAAGCUGCAUCACGUCAUAAAGUGUCUGGAGUUCUCCAAAGAUUACUGUUACUUCUGAGAUCUGCACGUUGUUGCCAUCCUGCUGCCCAGUGGUACAUCAGCCAUCUGCGCCGUGCCAGACACCUCCUACACAAGAUCAAGAAGAAGUACUCCUAUCCAUCAGCUGCUGAAGAAGAAAAGACUUUCCCAGAAGGCCUGAUGAAGUUCGUCACCCGUAGUGGAUUCUUCAAACGAGGGCCUAAUAAAGACGGUCACCUGGACCCCGACACCAUUCAAACCAUUAUCUGUUUCAGGGAGCUUUGCGGUUUAUGCUGGAUGCUUCAUGUCAGGGACCAGCUCUCCAUUUCCUGCAGGAAGUAUCAGGCUGCCAGACAGCAUGAUGAAGACGAACAGGUUUCUCCUGGUGCAGAAGUGAGAUCUACCUGUGUCGAUGCUCUCAGCUGGGCCCGUCGUUUUCUGCCUUUUUCUUGCUUCCUCAAUGCUGAGGAAAUCCUUCAGGACAUACUGCUCAGCCUCAUGUCUGAACUCCCUCCUCUCCCUCUGGUGGCAGACACACUUGUAAGAGCCUUCCCAGAGGAGGAAGAGUCCGUGAGAGUGCCUCUGAGGGAAAAGUAUAACUCGCUGCUGCAGAGACUGAGGCAAUGCAAUGUCCUUGAGGGUGAAGACGAGGACGAGCUGAUGAUGGUUGUGAUUCAAGACAAGCGCAGGCAGAGGAGAAAACAUCUCGGGCGUUUGCGGAGGCACCUGGCCCCUCCUGAGCUCCAUCUGUGGGAGAAAGAGGAGGAAGAGGAGGAAAGGGGAAGCAAACAUGGGAUGGCCAUGUUAAGGCAACUCUCUCUGGGUACAAGUCUGAGCACCAGCACCUUAACUGACUGCGGGUUCCCCCCAGUGUGCAGCGACGGAGACACAGCAGAAAAUACUUCUGAGGCUAUCUCUCCUGAAAGGCAUAGCAGAGCCAUGACGAGGGGCAAAAAAGCAAAGAAGGUUAGAGAACAUGCAAAGAAGACUGCUGUUAAGAUUAAAAGUGUCAUUCAGGAAGAGAGUCACACUGGCGAUGUUAAGGAGAGUGAGCUGCCCUCUCUACCCGUGGUUGGCACCUGGGAGUUUGAGCUGGAAGAUGAAGAGUAUCUAAAUUUCCUGGAGCUCUUUCUCAGCUACGUGCUAGAAAAGGAUAGCACCGGUGGAGGGGACUCAGGCAGUGAACUCCCUUUAUUGAAGAGCUUCUCCUCCAAGCUGAGGGAGAGAGAGUUGCAUUCUCUCACCUUUGAUGUGCUCACAACCAUCCACCGGCGUCAAAGAGAUGCACACCAUCCAGCGAGAAAACACCAGGGAAAUGAUCCUCCAGUUUUCAGAGCUGGCUGCUGCUACAAGCCUGUGAAACGAGGUGUGACACCUGAGCUGCAAACUUCUUCCGUCUGGAGUGAAGCUCCUGUAUCUAGAACUAGCCUUUCUGUCACCUCUCUUCCUGGACUGAGAACUGGCAGACAAAAAGGUUUGUUUGGCCUCAGACAGCAGAGCAGUGUGCCUUUAGGCCGAAGAAUGAAGGAGGGCCUCGUUGGUCCUGAAACUAGCCCUAUUCGAAGUGCCUUUCUCACCGGGCAGCCAUCAGAGAGUUUCAUAUUUGACUCCUCAACUUCAGUGGAAGCUGCGAUUGAACUUCAGCAGGGCCUGGACCCUAAAUUAGAGGCUCAGUUUCCAGAGCUGGGCAGGCUGCUGGAGUGGAUGGUACGCUGGGCUGAUAGGAGGGUGCUACUAGGACAUCAUGGCAAAAAGAAAAAAGACAAGGGAAGGGAGACUGGAGGAACAAAUGAUGGAGUAGUGAUUCGUGUCAAAGCCUCUGCGCCCGCUGUCCUCACUUCCCUCAGCUUACUACAGCGCAGAUACUCUGCUAUACUCGGGAGUGACCGCUACACUGCUCACAUCCAAGUUCCAGAAACACAAUGGACUGUAGCCCCUGUGCUGCAGCCUGAGGUGGAUAGGAAGCUGGAGAGAGAAAGCAGUGUUGAUACAGGGUACCCUGGAUCUGCCAACACGCCCAUCACUGGUCUGGAUCCCAAUGUACAACAAGGAGAACUAUCCAUUGGUUCUCGUACAGAUGAACCAGAAGAGCUGAUAUUUCUCAGGACACCUCUCCCUUAUGACCAGGAUCAACUGAUCUUUGAUGCUCAGCAGAGACAAUCCGGUUCACAGCAGUCAUCUCUUGAUGACUUAGAUGUUACACCUGAAAAAGAAGGCAAAAGUAGUGACAGUGAGGGCCUGGAAGCGCCAUCCUCUGUUUCCAACGAGAACAUCUCUGGAAACAUUGACACGCCUGAAACUAGUUUAAAGCUGGCAGACCUGAACUUCUCCGAAAAUGCUGAAGACUUGUCCAGUUCCAUCUCUCUCCACAGUCCUCCACACUCGGAGUCCCAAGCUCUUCCUACUGUCCAGCCUGAAGUAGAUGUCCAUGUCGAGCGUCCUGCUUCAGCUAUAGUGCCUCUCCCCAACACACCUGUGGAUCCUCCAAGCCUUCAGCCGCAAAGCUCCACAGCUGGUGCACCCACUGCAGAUUCCACAGUCCCCGAUCAGCCAUUACCCACCCAGACUCCACCAAUGAGGCAGCGUCUGGGUGAAGACUUAUUCAGAUUGGUUCAGAAUAUCAACUACAUGAGCCUGAUGGAGGUCUUGGGAGCUUCAUUUUCUAACCUGCAACUCGCCCAGCAGAGCUCUGCUUUGGCUCAGUCUAACAUGAACUCCUCACACCCUAAUGUGCCAUCAUCGUAUGCUGCCAAUUUUAUCCCUCAACCAAACGCCUUACCUAUUCAAACUAACAUAUCUGUGGCACCUCAGACGCAAACACCGGUGCCAAGUUUAGGAUCCAACAACCCUCAGUUCAGUCAGGUCCCUGCAUGUAUGUUUGCAGACCAACAUGUCAGGCAGAACUCAGGGAAAGGCUCUCAAACAGGCGGCCAGCAUCACAUGAGGAAUCUAACCUCCACUGCUAACGGGGCAGAUGUACAUUAUCAGGAAAUGCAGCCACUCUCUGUCCAGGCAAUGUCACCAGAAAUCCAGUUUAGGGAGGGCAGCAGGUUAAUCCCACACUCACUGGGGCUUCUGGCCACUACUGACACUGGCCACAGCGCCCCUGUGUUACCACCUGCAAAUAGCAUACAAAAUGACCAUGCUUCCCAGGUCUUGGGUCUGAAGUUACUUCAGCUCCAUCGUCCUCCAUUACCUCAGCAGAUAGCCCCACAGUAUCCACCAUCCCAGCUGCUGUAUACUGCAAACGCUGCAAAUACAGAACACCAUCAGCACAGGCUUAAAAUCAAUGACCAGUCCGCCCAAAGAAAGACGGAAGAGGACAAAAGAUCAGUUCCAAAAAGACAACUCAGUUUUAAUUCUCUACGUGAGUCAACUCAACCGAGGAUUCAGACAUCAGAGAGAUCCAGGGGGCAAGAGUCGUCGCUGCUUCCUUCUGCUUUACCAGCUCACUCACCUGCACCAAUUCAGGGCCUUCGUCUGCUGCACUUUCAGCCUGUUCAACAAAGCAACACCACCUUCCCCCAAAUACCCUUAUUGUCUUCCUCCAGGGCAGCUACUGUCAUUGCAGCUCCGAUGGGAGACGCACCUAUGAUCAAGCUUCUACAUAUAGAUACUGGACCAAAAAUGAUGUUACCUCCAGCAGCUCCUUCAGCCCAAAUGACCCGUCUCUUCUCCAUGGAGGAGUUGACAAGUUCAGUGAUUGGGAGACAGAUGGCUGGAGAGACUCGACCGCGGUUGCUCAGAGUAGACCCGCCUACUGAAAGGAUCAGAAGAGCUACCAUUUCUCCCAGCUCUAACUCCAGCAAAAGGCAGAAGAGGAGAGAGGAAAAGGCGGGCAGGGCAAGAAAAUCAGAGGUCACAUUCAGACCGAAUGAGUCGAUCAUUCUUUCACCAGAGCCAACAGAAGAGCCUGUAAAUGUAGAGCCUGCUGAAGAGAUCACUGCUGGACAGGAUGCUGCCAUUUCAUUUGUCCCAGAGUCUAUUGACUCUUUGCUGACUGGUCAGAGAUUGUUGGACAAGGCCAUGUCCACUUCAGCUGAGCUGCAUGCCUUUGCUUCCACUUCUAAAAGACCUCCAGAGUGCCUUGAUGCUUUCACGAACACAGACCCAGCUUGUCCUCCUACACUCGUGGAUGAAGCUGUGUCUGCCUCGGUGACUGCUAGCAGCCCUAAAUCCCAAAGUUCAAGGAAUCUGCAGUUUUUCAGUGAGCACCAUGUUCAAGACACAGAGGAGACCCCACAGGGACCAAAUAAGAAUCUGGAUCUGAAUGGCCGCCAGUUCAUAAGUGUCUUGGAUCUGGAAGACAAAGCCCUGCAUCAGGAUUUGACAUCCCGUCUCAGUCCAGGAGCACCAGAUGUUUCUUCCAUCCGUCCCUCUUCACCUACUUCUGCUCAGCUUCAUGUACUCGCGACUUCUGUUAUUAGGGGUGGUGCUGAUGCUCCUGAUCCACAACCUCUAGUCAUACUUCCAGAGGAUCUCCUGAAACCCAGCACUCACACAGAUGUCCCUGAGGAGUCGUCGUCCCUCAGCCACAUUGAGCCCAAUAUGGAUCCCAAGAGAAUCACUCCACAAGACUUGGUAGAUCCAUCUGACUCUGAAAUCUGUCAGGCCAUAAAGACCCAGAGUGUUGGACCUCACAGUGCCUCAACCACACCUCCUACAGUCUGGUUCUCCUCCCGCCUGUCAGAGCUGGACACUCAGUUGGCUGCUCUGCAGAACAUUGCAGACUGUCUGGAGAAGGACUUUUCCAACUCCAGAUUGCUGGUGAACACUAUUGAAACGCUCACACCAGUCUUGGGUACCGAUGUGAAGACUACUAGUGCAAUAAAAAAAACUGUAAGACUCUCGGUCCCACGAGAAGCAUGGACGUCACGACUGGACACCUUAACUGAACUAAAUACCUUUGAAGAGGAAGAAGAAAAUCAGGAUGAAGAAGAUGUUGGUUUUAAUGACAGAAGGAAGCCAACUUUUCGUCAUGCCACUUCUUCCCAUGGUCACAACGCUGGUCCUUCCCACCUUCACUCCCCUCCAAGAAUGAGAGAUGAGCUGGCUGAAGCUUCGGGAACAUCUCCUGGAUGGGCAGAUGAGAAUCUGGGUCAGACCGGGCUAUCCGAUACAGCAGAACUCUUAGACGAGUUGGUGAAGGAAGGGUAUAUAUCCCAGAGUGACCUGGAUUGGACAAAUUCACAGACUGUACACCAUAGCAGCCGACUGGAUCAACAGCAAAGCAGCUGGAUGUCGCAGAGACGUGUCCUUCCAGAGGACGAGAGGAGAGAGCUCAGGAUCUGGAUGAGAAGGAAACAUCGAGAAAGACUGGCUGUUUAUCAAAAACACAGAGAGAGCCUGAGGGAGAGGGAGUGCAAACCUUUUCCUACCUCUGGAACAGUGAAACCAACAAACAAGAAUCAAGCGACCAUGGGGAGAACCAGAGAGGAAAAAGAAAAGAUCAUGCUUCUGGAGCAAUACAACCAGAGGACCCGUGAAGCCUGUUCUUUGGCCAGUGAUAUUCCCACCAGUCGUCCAGCCCUACUCAGUACUUACAGGACUGGAAGUUCACCUUUGCCCUCAACUGCACGACCCAUCUCCGCACCACCAUCUGGUAGCGCUCACAGAGCUUACAGUGCAUCGGCCAGUGAUAAAAGAAGUCCUAAGUCAGGACAGGCUCAACCCAACCCUCGUCCAUGGACUGCUGAGAUACCAGAACGACCUUCGGAGGACCAACGCAGGAGGUUGGGACUACAUAGACCAGUGACGUCUCUGCCAAGAGACCGUCUGUCUCAGGUGACCAGACGUGGCAUGCUCACUGACACAAAGAGCCGCACUAAACUGCACACAGCCAGCCAGAGUGAGCAACGGCGUGUCGGAUACCAGAGAAAGACGGAAAUGAGCAAAAGUCCUUCAAGAGGGAAUGCGGUGGGGAAGAGCAUCCUGAGGGAGCAAACAAGGAUGGAAGAGAGAGAAGAGGUGAAUCUCUGGGAUCCCACUGCAGAACUGAAUCGAUUUCUGGGCACAGAGGAGUCGAACUUGUUUCAGCAGGAUGAUGGCGCCAGAGCUGGUGUGUCAGACAUAGACUGGCUGGACAACCUUUCUGAGACCGGCAGCAGCCUCAGCAAAAUAGACUGGGCUGCUAUCGAGAGGAUGGUGGCUGCAGAGGAAGCUUGAGCAUGGAAAGACAAUAAGUAGAUGGUAUAUUACUGAGUUAAAAACUCCCAAGAUUUUAUGUGCCUAUUGAAUAUAGUGUAAAUCAGAAUCUAUUAUAUGUUUAAUAAACAGAAUAUGUCAAGACAGAUUAGUUUUUUAUUGGUAAAGUAGGUCUACAAUAAAUUAUAUGUGAAUGAACGUUUGUUGCACAGACGUCUGCUGUGAUGUCCUCUUCUUAAACAUGUAGAUGUGUGCCAUUUGUGUGUGUGUGUGUGUGUGUAUGUGUAUGUGUUUUCUACAUUUAAAAUGUACUUUUGCACAGACUUGACUGUCACACCUAUUAACGGUCUGGAUUUUAAGCAUUUCAAA